UUGCCUACUAGUCUCAUGAUCUGAUUGUUCGACAGAGAGACGCCACUGACACGUAAGUAAACAGGGCAGACUGAGACAGGGUGACGAGAACACGAACCGCCCAACGCUCAAAUAGGCACUUAAGUACUUCAUCUUGACCCUUAAAAAAAAAAAGUAGUCACUGGGGAGCUCGAUCGUCCUCGACUAUUUUGGACCAAGUGUCACUCCAACAGCAACAUUAUCUCGCUAACUCAAUAGCAUUCGCAAACCUCGGUAAUCGUAUCGGGACCACACUCACCAUUCGGGAUUCUAAGCAACAUGGAGGUACGUGAGGCGUGGAUGGGCGAUCGACCUACUGCUUGGAGCAGCGGCUAUGAUAUCAUCCGAGAGAUCACCAUCGCGAGCCCCCGAAUGCCGGCAGAGUCCGAAGAUCAGGAACGGAUGCGCACACGUCAGCGCGAGUCUACCAUUACCUCAAUCCAUUCAAGGUAUCCGCUCCGUACCAUCUCGCUCCCCCAAAGCGGAAACCUCAACAUUUAUGAGGGCAAGGCUGGGUCCGGUGCGAUCGCCGGAGACGCGGCAGUUGGAUUCUCUGCUACAACGACAGAAAAGUACAGGGGCAAUAGACCGUCGUCAGCCAUGCCUCAGUCUCAUUCUAAAGACGGCGGUUCAGAGCCGCCAGAGCCGCCAGGGGCCUCGAACAUGAAUGAGGUUGGAACCGGAAAGGGCAAAAUGCGAUUUUUUGCGUGCCACUACGUCAAAUACGAUCCCUCUCAGUGCGGCUGCUGUUCUAGGACCGCAGCCUGCGAAUUUCCCACGAUUCGUAGACUGAAGGAGCAUUUGUUAAGAUCACACACAGUACCUUCAUCAAGAACGGAAACAGGUUCCACCCCUGGGCGCCAGACAUCAAGCACCCCUAGAGAGCUAUCGUCCGGACCAUCAAACCUACAACAUGUAUUUGCUACUGAGGCGACUACACUGUCGGCCGGCCUUUCGCCUUCGAAAGCUGCCGCAAUACGAGACUAUUGUGAGCAAAAUCCAUUGAGGGAAUGGUAUCGUAUCUGGGACAUUGUAUUUCCCGGUAAACCUCAACCAGCUUCGCCGUACAUCGACCGAAACUCUCCUGUCUACAAGCCCUGGCCUCCCCGUGUCAUGCCAGAUCUCGUCCGCAGUCGAAGGCGACAAGUCCCCAGAUCCGAUGUCGAUGUUGUCGACUCUUCAGGCGAAAUCGUGUCAGGGAUAGACGCUGUCUCCGGAAGGCCGUCUUCGGCAACAUUGGAAGGCACGAAAACAUUCCGCAAUAUAAGCGGCCUAGUUUUCAGAACUCUGCAAAUUCUCGAAGAACGCCUGGAGAUUGCCCAGUGCCAGAAGACCGGAGGACGAGGAGGAGGGAAAGCUCCUAGUAGAAAACGUGGCCGCCAGUCUGAAGAUCAGCAAGGGGAACAGCAACAGCUGUCGAAACGGCACGCGGGGUCUAGGAAGCAACAAACCGCCCCCUGUCAAAAUAACAAUGAGCCCCCCGAUGAUGACGAUCCGGAUAACUUGGGUCCCGAAGGCGACCAACACAGUUCCAGAGAGAAUACAGAACAGAGGUUUUUGGCCUGCCCCUUCUUUCGCAAAGACUCAGAAAGAUAUGCAGCGUGUGCGAUGCUUCAUCUCAGGCGAAUCCGGGAUGUCAAACAGCACAUGAGAAGAGGACACAGUCGACCAGCCUUCUACUGUCCCAUUUGCUGGAAGACGUUCCAAAGAAGAGACGAUUGCGACGGGCAUAUCGUGGAGCGCUCCUGUGAUGCCGGGGACGCAUCAGGCCCACCUUGGAUGACAGAAGAACAAGACUCUUUGUUGGAGGGAAGGGUCCCAAAUGCACCAACAGAAGAUCAGUGGUUCAGCGUGUGGGAUAUUGCCUGUCCCGGACUGCCACGCCCAAGACCAGCUUUUUGUUUUCUCGGCAGAAUGGUUGAGGAUAUCAGUACCAUGCGCCGAGAGCUGUGGAGGGAAGAAGGCCAUCACAUAGUCGAGGACCUCGUCUCCGAGCGAGAAGCCUCACUACAGCAACCCCUCACAGAGGAAAACAGGAACCUUGUUGUUAUGUGCAUCAUUGGUGCUGUCAGCCGCGUGCUAGAACAACCUGAAGUUGCACAGGCGGGGCAAAUCCGUUGGAAUUCAGACGGUGAUGAUCAGGUUGCCGUAGCAGCAGCACCCGCGCCAGUUCCCCCACCCCAGAACCAGACACUGGUUCAUGACGCUCAUGGACAUGGUUCCAACACAAUCCAAUAUCAGAGUCUGGAGAUGCAAGACAACUUUCUCCAAGACGGCCACACUCGCAUCACCGAUGAGAGUUCCCAUUUCAACGGAACGCAGCUGGGCGGGCUGGCCACCCAAUGGUGGGACUCAUCAAGUCUGCAACCUACUGAUGCCGACGAAUUCGAUGCCGCCAUUUUCAACGAGGUCCUGCAAUCCUUCGGCGAUAGUUACCCGAGCAUGUUCAACUUCGCCGACGGAGCUGACGGCGCAUGAAGGCAUGUAAAAGACACAGAGCGGAUGCGAAAUGCAGUGCGUGGGACGAAAUUACAGCCAGAUUGAUCCAGUCGCGCCUUCCUUUGAAGAGAGCAUGCGGAAGUCAUGACAAGGACAUAGCUAAGUCGUGUUAAGAAC